AUGGUGAAAAUGAUGCUAACCGUCACUCUACUCUAUGCUAUAUCCCAGCUACCCCGGCAUGUGGUCUACCUGUAUGGUACCUUUGUGAAUUGGUGCAGAGCAGGUUUCGGAUUGACCUGGCAUCUUGUCAUACUCAUAAGUAGUUCGGCUUCUUGUUACAACCCAUUUGUUUAUGCCUGGAUGAACCCGACCUACAGGAUCGGCUUCAUUACUGCCCUUGGGCGGCUCUGUCCAUCCGAGUUGCAGCGUCGAUACCAGAUCCGCACGGUAGCAAAGAGCAGGAUGCACAAAUUAUACACGGCUGAUGAUAUUAUAGGCAACGGUAACAGCAUUGGUGGGCCAGAUGGUGAAACCAACUUAGAUACCUACGUAGUCGGUGACAGGGGACAGGAGGGCUGUGCUCAUGGCCAGAAGCAUAGCACUGGCUACGAUCUCCAAGUAACUUUAAUCAACAGAGACACGAUAGAUGAAGUGGAACUGGCCUCUGAAACAGAAAAGGCGGCUUCUCCUGUUGUAAAUAAAGUCAAGUGA